UAAAAAGAUUUCGACACACCAAAACGUCCGGCGAAACAGAAAUUUGGAGUUCUGACCAGCUCGAAGUGGCAUCUAAUGUUAGCAUCUCAAAUCAGUGGGACUUCGUUUGGAGGCUGAUUGUGGAAGAACACCACUACUAUUUUCCCUUUCCCUCAUUGGCUCAAACCCUCAUCUGGUUGCUGCCCGUCCAAACUACCCAUGCUAGAGCCUCACUCUCAUAAGCCACACCUCUUAUUUUGGCAGACAUCUGAUCGCUUACUGGAAUACUGCAGAAUAUUUCAAGCACAGCAGCUGAGCGAUGGUUUGGCUCUGCACAAAGGUUAUAGACACCAUCUGACCCUUUCUCUCUCCAGCAUUUCAUGACAGAGCUGAUUAGACUCACUUGAGAGUCUUUUGUUAUGGAUCACUAGAGAUGAGAUCAUUGAUAACCAAGAACGUGCUAAGUCUUACAUCUACUGUGGUGAAAAAGACUGCCCAGUCUGCACUAGCAGAGAGGAUCCCCCAUUAAGAGCCGACUAAAGCCAACAGCUGCGAGUGGGAUACAGUAGAAGGAGAGGGGAGCGACGUGUUAAAGGAACAUUUGUUUGUUGGACUUUCACACCACAAGGUGAGGAACUGAGGCAAAGGCCACUGCCCAGCAUACUCCGGGCUGAAACAAGGAGAAAGAGCCAGUGCUCUGCGACCAGCUAGCUCUCUGCUGAGCCUCACCAAGCAGCCUGCAGACCACUCUCUCAGAUCCUCUGUGCUACACAAUUUUACCAUGUGCCAGGCGAUACUCAGAAGAUACAGGAAAGCAAUGUGCCCCACCUGCUACAUGGAUCAAUCAGAGAAUGGAGGAGAGACAGCUAAGGCACUUACUAACCCUCCAGGCUCACAGACAAAAAACAGAUCAGAUGAAUCUCACUUCUGGCUUUUCCAUAUCGUGUGGAAAUAUACAUUAGUCACGGUUCUCUUUCUAGUUUUUCUCAUUAGUGCUGUUAUUGUUUUGGUGGUGGUUAGCAGUAGGCCCUGCCCAAAUCAUGCUGCUUCCACAUGUCCAGUCAAUUGGAUCGGGUCCCAGGGCAGAACAUACCCAUGGAAAUGCUACUACUUCUCACAGGUCGAUGGGGAUUGGAACUCUAGCCAGAGAAACUGCUCUUCGCUCGGUGCCUCCCUGGCUACAGUUGACACCUGGGAGGAAAAGGAGUUCAUGCUGCACUAUAAGGGACACUCAGAAACCUGGAUUGGCCUUACCAGGGAACAAGUAGAGAAGCCCUGGAAAUGGGUAAAUGGCACCCCAUUCAAGAACCAGUUUCAAAUAAGGGGAGGAGGUGAAUGCGCGUAUCUGAAUGACGACAAAGGUGUCAGCAGCUCAAGAUGCAGCACAGGGAGACGCUGGGUCUGCAGCAGGCCAGACUGAUGCACAAAGCCAAGA